AUGGAUCGGAGACAUCCGAGUUCCUUCCAGCAGCUUGAAAAGCUGGGUGAAGGGACCUAUGCCACCGUUUACAAAGGCCGCAAUCGACAAACGGGCGAACUCGUGGCCCUCAAAGAAAUCCACCUCGACUCAGAAGAAGGCACUCCAUCCACCGCUAUUCGAGAAAUCAGUCUGAUGAAAGAGUUGAAGCAUGAAAACAUAGUCACGUUAUACGAUGUUAUCCACACCGAGAACAAGUUGAUGCUGGUGUUUGAGUACAUGGACAAGGACUUGAAGAAGUACAUGGAUGCCCGGCCAGAGAACCGCGGACAGUUGGAUCCUCCGACCAUUAAGGGAUUCAUGCGGGACUUGCUACGAGGCACCGCCUUUUGCCAUGAGAACAGAGUGCUCCAUCGCGACCUCAAACCCCAGAACCUGCUCAUCAAUACCAAGGGACAAUUGAAACUGGCUGAUUUUGGCCUCGCAAGAGCGUUUGGUAUCCCCGUUAACACCUUCUCGAACGAAGUGGUGACACUCUGGUACCGAGCUCCUGACGUUCUCUUGGGCUCGCGAACAUACAACACCAGUAUCGACAUCUGGUCUGCAGGAUGCAUCAUGGCGGAAAUGUACACCGGCCGUCCAUUGUUCCCCGGAACCACCAAUGAGGAUCAGCUACAGAAGAUUUUCAGACUGAUGGGGACACCAUCCGAACGAACUUGGCCUGGAAUAUCUCAACUACCUGAAUACAAGAGCAACUUCCCUUCCUUUGCCACCCAAUCACUCGGAAUUCUACUGCCUCAAAUCGAUCCUCUUGGUCUCGAUCUCCUAUCCAAAUUGUUGCAACUACGUCCCGAGAACCGGAUCAGCGCACAGGACGCCUUGAGGCACCCAUGGUUCCAAGAUCUUCCAGACUUUGCCGGCCAAGGACGGACCCACGCCAGUGCUACCAUGCGUCAGCCAUCACAGCUAGCACAUCAAGGAGGCGGAAUUGGAGGAUACGGAACACAGCCAGGUAUGGUAGCGCAAGGCCCCUACUAG